GACCAUGACACUCUGUCUACGACGACUUCACAUCGCACCGCACAUGCACUGUAACAACGCUGUUCGGCUUCUUCCGAGAACUGCAAGCAGUCGGGAUAGCAACCGAAAGAGCGUCACUGCACGAGUCAUGGUGGUCGACGCUGCGGGGAAGAGUCCGUCAGACACAUCUUGGAUAUUGUUCUCCGCAUCAGCAUUGACAGCACCAGACUGCUGCGAGCACAAGGGUUUUGCAUAUUGCAGUGUGGCUGGCCUGGGUAGUCAUAGUACAUUCCAAAGCGAUAUAGGCUAAUUCAAAUGUGAAAGCAAGUACAUAUACUAGGGUCUAGCUGAUACGCGUCGCGUUCCUGUCCCCACGAGCUCUUCACUGUGCAUGCUUCUCGGAGAACCUAUCUUGACGUGUGUUUAGUGUCUGAACGAUGAGCAACCACGCGCUUGUUUACGGCGCUUCCGGUAUCUCAGGGUGGUCUAUUGUUAAUGCCAUCCUCAACGGAUAUCCCUCCAAAGAUGCCUUCUCCAGGGUCACAGCUAUGGUCAAUCGGCCACUGACACGUGAGAUGGCUCUCUGGCCUGACGACCCCAGACUUCAAAUCGUAUCUGGUGUCGAUCUAGUCAAAGGAACGCAGGAGGAGCUGGAGGAGCAAAUCAAAGAGAAGGUCAAAGACGUCGAGACUGUGACACAAGUGUACUUCUACUCAUACAAGCAGAUCGAUGACCCCGACUCCGAGUGCAAGACCAAUGAAGCCAUGCUCGAGCGUGCCGUGACUGCCAUCGAUCAUCUUUCAUCCAAAUUGUCAUACGUACUUCUUCCCACGGGCACCAAAAUCUACGGCUGCCAGAUGCUCGACAAGUUUCCAUUUGCGGAUGCGCUACCACUCAAGGAGACAUUGCCACCGAUUCCUGAGCCAUACCUCUCACAGCUUUUCUACUACAACCAGAUUGAUUGCUUGAAACGCAUCUCCAAAGGAAAGAACUGGAGUUGGUGUGAGGUCCGACCAGACAACAUCAUUGGAUUCGUACCAAAUAACAACGCAUACUGCCUCGCGCAAACACUUGCCUUGUAUCUUUCGCUCUAUCGAUCCAUUGAGGGCGAAGGCGCAAAGUGCCCAUUCCCUGGUACUGAGAAAUCGUGGGUGAACAAGUACAAUGAGUCUCCGCAAGACAUGGUCGCGCACUUCUCUAUCCAUGCGUCUUUGAACCCAGAGAAAACCGCAUCACAGAGUUUUAACGUAGGUGGUCAAGAAGAUAGCUGGAGCGGCAAGUGGCCGAUAAUCUGUGAUUACUUUGGUCUGAAGGGUACUGGACCUGAAGAGGGCUCACCUCAGCCUGGAGCGUACAUUGACGCGCACAAGAAGGAGUGGGAGGAGCUAGAGAAGAAGCACAACCUCAAGAAAGGUAGCGUAGAUAGCGAUAUCACGCAUCCGGGAUUCCAGUACUUUAUCAUGACAAUGUUUGAUUUCGACCGCCAGAUGAGUAUGGAGGCUUCACACAAGGUUGGGUAUACAGAGGAAAUAGCAACUAAGGAAACAUGGACGACUGCGUUUGAUCGCAUGAGGAAAGCGAAGGUUAUACCAUGAUGUUGUGGAGGCAAGGCUCUGCUGUUCAUGUCAAGGGGUUCGUGCGUAGAAGGGUCCGACGUAACGCCUCCUGAACUCGUUAUUGCCGGGUCCAGUGCCGUUUCGACUGGCGCAGCGGAAACUGAAGAUGCAUCCAGUUCCUGCUUAUAACGCGCGUCUCCUAGUAAAAGUAGCACCAUCUAUGAAUAGCGCAAUGCCCCUAUAUGACUAGAGCUAUGACGUUCACCACCGACUUAUAGCAAAACCCCUCACAGCUGCACGACCGCAACGCUUACGAAGCGAUUCGGAUCUCCGCGACAAAUGACAAUUCUCAGCAUUCUACGAUGUAUCCAUCCGUUGGAGGCCUGCGAUACA